AAAAAGAAACGUGUUCGCAUGCUGUGUUCGUGUUUAUCAACAUUGUCCUCGUUGCUGUCAAACGGAUUCGCUUCUUGGACUAAACAGUUAUGCAGGAAACAAAAAUUCAAGAUAGAAAUUUAUUUAAAGAAAUACAAAUUCCAAUUAAUUGUGGUUACUUAGCAGCAAAAGAAUACGGACCACCGACUGGUGAAAAGUUGUUAGCCCUUCAUGGAUGGCAAGACAAUGCAGGAUCGUUUGAUACUUUGAUGCCUCUUCUUCUUCCGAAUUUACAUGUUGUUGUUCCAGAUCUUGCAGGUCAUGGAUUAUCCAGUCAUAAACCUUCAGGAUGCCCUUAUUUCUUUUUAGAAUAUAUAAAUCAUAUCAAACUUAUUGCUGAUUAUCUCAAAUGGAAAGAAUUCUCAAUUUUAGGACAUAGUAUGGGAAGUGGUUUAGCCAUUAUGUUUGGUAGCAUUUAUCCAGAAAUAGUGAAUAAAAUUAUUGGUAUUGAACUAUUAAAACCCUUAAGUUAUCCAUCUGAAAUUGUAACAACAAUACUUCGUAAUAGUAUGAAUCAGUAUGUGAAAUUAGAACAUAAACUGAAAUCUGAUCCUUCUGUUUAUUCAGAAGAAAAUGCAUUGCGUACUUUAAUAGGUAAGAAUGCAGAACUAACUGAGAAAAGUGCAAAAAUAUUAAUGAAACGGGGUGUUAAGCAACUUGAUGGUGGAAAAGUUAAGUUCUCUCAUGAUAUUAGAAUCAAAUCCAUUUGGGAUAGUGGACUUUCAACUAGUGAACUUGUAAAAACAGUUAUUUUGAAUAUAAAAUGUGAUCUGUUACUAAUCAAAGCUAAAGAUUCACCUGUUUACACUGAUGAAGAAAGUUUGAAUGAAUGUAUUGAAAUAUACAAAACGAAAUGUAACUCAUUUAAGUUGGUUGAAGUGGAAGGAAAUCAUUUCGUUCACUUAAAUAAUCCAGAACGAAUUGCACCAAUUAUAAAUUCAUUCCUUUUGAAUACAAAAUCAAAUAUCUAAUUUAUAUAUUUGAAUACUCAACAAUACAGAAAGAAUUUGAUAUUAGUAUUGAUUCGAUAUAUUUUUAUAAUAUCAAAAUGCUUUUGAUAAGAUAUGAAAAUGUCCACACAGUUAUAAAUAUAAAAGAUUAUACUAUAUAUACUAGAUUAUAUAAAGAUUUAGUACAGAUAUAUAUUAAGUAUUAAUUAAAGU